CCCGACUUCAAUCCAAUUGAACACCUCUGGAAUGAAAUGGAUCGUCGUUUAAGACGUUUAGAAACACCUAUUAGAACACAGGAUCAGAUGUGGGAUGCAAUACAAAAAAUAUGGGUUGAGUUAAAGAAUGAUGUGUGUAAAAAGUUGGUUGAUACUAUGCCAGAUCGUAUAAAUGAUGUUAUUAGAGCUAAUGGAGGUUAUACAAGGUGGUAA